AUGGAGCUAUCUAGUAGUAAAGUAAACUUAUUACGAAUACUGUUUUGUGGAAGGUUUAUUAAUAUUGUCUUCAAACAAAACAGCUAUAGUGAAGCAAAAUACAAUAAGCCUAUUUUUGUAAACACAAAUCAUGUGGUUCGUGAAACUGAUGUUCAGAACGCUUUACAAACGAAUGUUUUAUUUAAUCUGAACGUUGUCUUGGAAAAUGACAGUAUUGUGUUUAGGUCACCUUCUGGUUCAGAUAUGAACGGUUCGGGUUUAUCAGACUUUGUUGCAAAAAAAGGAGAUACUACCAUUCUUAUAAUCGAAGUCAAGAAAAUUUUGCCUAUUGGUAGGAAGUCAUCUAUAGAAUUUUUUCAAAAUGAUUCCAAAGGGAAAUGUGUCAUUUUACAAACAUUUAGCUAUAUGGUCGAUAAUAACCUUUUAUAUGGAAUAAUUACAAUGUAUGAUCAAAAUUGGUUUCUUCAGAGAAAAGGAGAUAAUCGUAAUCAAAUAUUGAUUUCAGAGACUCUAUCUUUUGAUAAUAAUAAUCUAACAGUAUUAAAAGCAUAUGCUUAUCUAGCCCUACGGGCGAAACAAAAUCAUUAUUUUCUGAAGCCUAACCUUAUAUGUAUACCAAACACUACACUUCAGUCUAGAUAUCUAAUUCAUUCAAUUACGGAAGAUGUGGAAAAACGUCUUGAUGCGAUUUUCAAGAAGCUGGAGGUUUAUUGCAUUCUCAAGGACAUCCAGGGAAUAUGUAUACCAAAAUUAGUAUACUAUAGUUAUCUAUUGGAUAGACCGUACUUCAUCAUAGGAACAACUUUUGUUGGUAAAUCAUUGGAGAAGUUUAAGACUAUUACCAGAAUGCAAGAGCAAAGGCUUAUAAAGCGUUAG